AUGAGUGCUUCUGGCCAGCAUGGAAGAGCGGACGGCGAGUUGUUCCUCAAUCGCCCCAAUGACCAAGACUCCCCCACUAUCGUCGAGCCGUUGCGCAUUAAUAAAAGAACCUCAAGCGCCUCUUCAGGUGUGCCCUCCAUCGCUGGCAAGCAAAGUCCUGCUCCCCAGCAGCCUGCUCAGUCUACAACCGUUUACCCUAUGCCCUCCCUCCCAUACCCGGACGAGCAGGCUCGCCAGCAAGCACAAGCGUCGCGAUCCAAUGGCUCCCCGGCGACAUAUCCAUAUCCGGACGUGAGAAGAGUAACGUCUCCUGAACAAGGCGGGAGUGCAGGCAGUGGGACAAGGCAGCAGGCAAAGAGGACGACUUCAGGAGACGGGCGUCCGGGGCAAACACUUGCAGAACGUCGUGGAACGGCACCAAAGCCUUUACCAGAGUCUCCUGGCCCGGAUGCGCCAGAUAAAGAAGGACUGUUCCAGCGCCCCCCUCAGCGUAGGGACCCUCCGAACACAGCUCCCCUCCCAAGCCAGAAUCAGUAUUGGCCGCCGCCCGCCGACCCCUCGUCUGCUGCUGCAGAUGCUUUGAGCAGACUGAAGAUCAGGGAUCCUUCCUCGAUCAAUCGAAUAAGUUCCACGGCUUCGACAUCGACCACCAGAGCUCAGCGUGGAUCGCCUCCUCCGCCGGAGACGCCCAUUGUUGGCCCUGGCCCUGCUGCACGCCCGCAGACUGAUAUCGAAGCCCGAUACGCAGCCUCUGGCAUUGCGGGCACCGCAACCUUGACCAGCUUGCAAGCCCAAAGUCUAGCGGCCCAGCAGAGAGCCUCCCAAUAUAAUCCGCCACCUCAGCCCGCCCAGACACAGAGCAGCGCUCCCCCGAGGCGGCCUUGGACUCCCACCGAAGCGCCAGGUAGCUCACAACACCCUGCUCCCACAGUGUAUCAAGGCAUGGAAGAAGCACGUCCCUCGCCUCCACCUGCUGCCGCCGUAGCCGCACCUCGUGCAGCAGGUGUUCAAUCUCCAACUCGGGCACAGCAUCCUGUCGAAACCGAGAUAUCCAGAUUGCAGCCUCAUGAGGAGCCACCUCCGGCAUACUCUCAGGUUCCUGGUGGCAGGACAGUCGUUGGGAAUGAGAAACAAAGAAGAAGUAUGGUCGCUGCGGCCGCGGCGCCAGCGGCGACCCCAGGAGUCGCACCCGCCGCAGUUCCCCAACCGGCCAGUUUCAUGCCACAAACACAGGUUCCCAACCAAAUGGACCACCCGGCGUUUGCUAACGACCCUAGGCAGGCGGUCCAAAGUCCACAGAUGGCCCAUCCGACCAUGAACGGACAGAUACCACAGGCGCAGCCGGUCAUGCCCCAAACGCCAGCCCAAAUUCCUCCUGCCUCCCCACCACCGCUCCCAGAAGGUUGGAUAGCGCAUUUGGAUCCCAAUUCGGGACAAUACUAUUAUAUUCAUUUACCUACACAGUCGACUCAAUGGGAGUUCCCAAAAGGUCCGACGCCUCUCAAUCUGAACGAAACUCCGUUGUCGCCGGUGGCCAGUAUAUACCAGAACCCACUGGCUUCGCCUGGCUUAUCUUUCACUUCCAAACCGAUGGCGUCGCCGGGUCUUCCCAUGACUCCCGGAUAUGAUCAACAGAGUGUGAUGGGUUUGCCUGGCCCGGCAGCCUUCACCGGACCGCCACCUAGUGCCGGUGUGGAUCUGUAUAAGGUAGUGGCUACCAAUGGCGUGUACUUUGGCCCUUAUCUUCGCUACGUCAACAUGGACAUAGAGCGAGGAAUCUGGUAUGGGUCUAUAAUGCUGGUCACGGACGCCCCACAGCCACCAACGAUACAUAUCCAUCAGAGCGUUGACCUGUCUCCAAACCCGCGUCAGUUGAAGGCCAACAAUAUCUCGACUCAUCAGCGUUGGACAUUUUACAAGUACGACGUUGAUCUGCAAAUGGACGAUGCUGGAGCUGCAAAGUGGACAUAUGCCAUCACUUCCCACCUUGGUUGCACGAGAUAUGAGUUUUUGGUGGCUGGCAAACAUGAGACCAAUUGGCGCUUCGUUUGCACUUCUGCGAAUGACUUUUCCCUCAGCGUGAGCGCCAAUGAGCGCGCCAGAUUGGGCGGGGUGGGUUUCAUGUGGAAAGACAUCAUGCAGAAACACGCCGAAUGCGGCGGUUUCCAUUGCCAACUCGGCUUGGGCAGCCAGAUCAAUGCCGACAGGCUGUGGAAGGAGAUACCGUCGCUGAAACAGUGGCUUUCAACCAGCGGGAAAGAAAACCGGAAGAAUGCUGUCUGGACAGCAGCACACGAGGAGGACGUAACGCAUGCCUAUUUUCAUUACUACACGAGCCAUUUUGAUCAGCCAUAUUUGCGCGAAGCUUUUGCCCAGAUACCCCAUAUCUUGACGAUUGAUGAUCAUGACAUAUUUGACGGUUUUGGUUCUUACCCCGAAUACAUGCAAUUCAGCAACAUGUUCAAGAACAUUGGACGGAUCGGCAUUGAGAUGUACCUGCUGUUCCAGCAUCACACUACACUAGAACUUCUUCGCAACGUUUCCGACGACAGAGACCUGUUUACCAUUACUGGGACAGGAUGGCAUUUCGUCAAAUACCUCGGACCGGCGGUCGCCGUUGUCGGUCCCGACACCCGAAGCGAACGGACACUCCAUCAAGUCAUGGCAGGUCCAACCUACCAAGGGCUGUUUCCUAAGAUUGCUUUGCUCCCUCCAACCAUCCAGCAUUGUCUCCUGAUGAUCCCGGUGCCCUUGAUCUACCCCAGGCUUGAUGGCGCAGAAUCGAUAGCACAGACCAUGGCUACUGGAAAGAAAGCGGUGACGGGCGCCUAUAACGUGCUCGGCAAAGUGACCAGCUCUGUUGCAGGCGUGGUCGGAGCGAAAGGGGCUGUCGGGUCUGGGUUUGACUCGGUGAAACGGGCUGUAGGCAAGUCCGGGCUAAUGGGAGGUAUUUUAAGUCCCUUUGGCGACAUAGAUGUUCUCGACGAGCUGAAGGACCAGUGGACUCACGAUUCCAAGGACCUGGAGCGGACGUACUUCAUUCGGACACUCCAAGGAAUCUCGCAUCAGCGAUCGAUCCGCAUGACCUUUGUAUCGGGAGCAGUCCACACGUGUGGAGCAGGUCUCGUCCACGAUCCAUCGCACCCAUCGGAUCACAAGACCAUGUACCAGAUCAUUUCAUCGCCCGUGGUUAACACUCCGCCUCAUGGCUAUGUGUUGAAACUGCUCAACAACAACAAACCUCUCUACAUCCCCGCGAACGGACAGCGAUCAACACCAUCCGCGCCGACCGACACGAAAGAAGACAUGAUGGAGAUUUUCACGCACGACGUGACCGGACAGCCCAUCACCAACCGGAAACUGAUGGCGCGGAGAAACUACGUGGCGGUUGUCGUGUAUGACCCCGAAGUCGUCAAUGGUACCUUUGGCGCGACGGACAUGCACCGAGGAUCGGGCAAGUUGAGUCUGGCGGCCGACUUUUUGGUUCAAGGCGAAGGCGCAUACGGUAGUGUGGUCAAGUACGGGCCGGUGGUUGUACCGAGUCUGGAGUAUGGCCGGUGA